GGAGGCAGAGGCUCCUGCUCCGCCGGCUCCUGGCGCCCGCGCUCCUCACGCGGAGUGGGGCAGCCGAGAAAUCGGUUUUGUUCUGCUUCGCAGAGACGAAUGGCUGACUUGGGAGCAUAACUCACCCCGCCCUUUGGAUCCCAGCUCGGUUCCCUUCUGGCACCUUGGGAUCCGUGGUGACCAUGCUGUGAUGAGCGCGCAGGGAGGGACAGAUCGCCUGCACCACCCGGGUCUCCCUGCGUCUUGGACAUGACUGAGCUUCUUCAGUGGGCCAGACAUCACUGGCAUCGGCUGAUAAAUGGGAGAACCCAGCAUGAAGACGAGAGGCCAUACAGCUAUUCCUCACUGCUCGUCUGUGGGGGCAAGUCCUCCCCGACCCCCAAACCAGCAGGAAAGCAUCGUGUUGUUAUCCCUCACCUUCCGUGCUUCAAAGAUGAGUAUGAAAGGUUUUCUGGAACCUACAUGAAUAACCGGAUACGGACAACCAAGUACACGCUUCUGAAUUUCGUGCCAAGAAACUUAUUUGAGCAGUUUCACAGGGCUGCCAAUUUAUACUUCCUGUUCCUCGUGGUCCUGAACUGGGUGCCUUUGGUGGAAGCCUUCCAAAAGGAAAUCACGAUGCUGCCGCUGGUGGUGGUCCUCACAAUCAUUGCAAUUAAGGAUGGCUUGGAGGACUACCGGAAAUACAAAAUCGAUAAGCAGAUCAACAAUUUAAUAACCAAAGUUUACAGUAGGAAAGAGAGAAAGUACAUUGACUGUUGUUGGAAAAACGUCACUGUGGGGGACUUCAUUCGCCUCUCGUGUAACGAGAUCAUCCCUGCAGACAUGGUCUUACUCUUUUCCACAGACCCUGAUGGCAUCUGUCACAUCGAGACUUCUGGCCUUGACGGAGAGAGCAAUUUAAAGCAGCGGCAGGUGGUGCGUGGGUAUGCGGAGCAGGACUCUGAAGUUGAUCCUGAGAAGUUUUCCAGUAGGAUAGAAUGUGAAAGUCCAAACAAUGACCUCAGCAGAUUCCGAGGCUUUCUAGAACACUCCAACAAAGAACGGGUGGGCCUCAGCAAAGAGAAUUUAUUGCUAAGAGGAUGUACCAUUCGGAACACAGAGGCCGUUGUGGGCAUCGUGGUCUAUGCAGGUCAUGAGACCAAAGCGAUGCUGAACAACAGUGGCCCACGGUAUAAGCGUAGCAAAUUAGAGAGAAGAGCCAAUACAGAUGUCCUCUGGUGUGUCCUGCUUCUCAUCGUAAUGUGCUUCACUGGUGCCCUUGGUCACGGAAUAUGGCUGAGCAGGUAUGAAAACAUGCUCUUCUUUAACAUCCCCGAGCCGGAUGGGCGUGUCGUGUCACCUGUGUUGACAGGAUUCUACGUGUUCUGGACCAUGAUCAUCUUGCUGCAGGUCUUGAUUCCCAUUUCUCUCUACGUGUCCAUUGAAAUCGUGAAGCUGGGACAGAUCUAUUUUAUUCAAAGUGAUGUAGACUUCUACAAUGAGAAAAUGGAUUCUACCAUUCAGUGUCGAGCUCUGAACAUCACCGAGGAUCUUGGGCAGAUCCAGUAUCUCUUCUCCGAUAAGACAGGAACCCUCACUGAAAAUAAAAUGGUUUUUCGAAGGUGUAGUGUAGCAGGAUUUGACUACUGCCAUGAAGAAAAUGCCAAGAGGCUCGAGUCCUACCAGGAAGCUGGCUUUGAAGAGGACGAAUGCGCAGACACUCUGAGUAGCUCCAUCAGCAACAUGGCAAAGCCCAGAGCCCAGGGCUGCAGGACAGUCCCCAGAGGGCCUUUGGGAAGCAAGCCUUCAACUCAUCUGUCUGGGAGUGCUACUGCCCUAGGAAGCGGAGAAGGAUCUGGGGAAGUGCCUCAUUCCAGACAGGCUGCCUUCAGUAGCCCCAUUGAAACAGACGUGGUGCCAGAUACCAGACUUCUGGACAAGUUUAGCCAGAUUACCCCUCAGCUCUUCACCCCGCCAGAUGGCACCACGCAGAGUCCGCCCCUGGAGAUUUUGUACAUCCUAGACUUCUUCAUCGCUCUGGCAAUUUGUAACACGGUCGUGGUUUCUGCUCCUAACCAGCCUCGGCAAAAGAUUGGGCUCUCCUCACUAACUGGAAUGCCCAUCAAAUCUUUGGAAGAGAUUAAAAAUAUCUUCCAGAAGUUGUCUGUCCGGAGAUCAAGUUCACCAUCUCUUGCCGGUGGGAAAGACCCGACAUCUGGGACUCCUUCUGCCUUUGUGAGCAGAAUCUCUUUUUUUAAUCGAACAAAACUGUCUCCUCCUAUGGAGGAUGAGUCUUCCCGGAUGGGUGAAAGCUCUCAGGCCAGUAAUUCAUCAUGCUGUACAGAAACUGAGGCACGAAACAGUGCCGUUGGCUCGGCUGAAGCCCUAGCUGGGCCACCGCCCUCGGCCUCCAACCUGUGUUAUGAAGCUGAGAGCCCAGAUGAAGCAGCCUUGGUGUACGCCGCCAGGGCAUACCAUUGCACUUUACAGUCUCGGACCCCAGAGCAGGUCAUGGUGGACUUCGCUGCUUUGGGCUCAUUAACAUUUCAACUGUUACACAUCCUGCCCUUUGACUCGAUAAGGAAAAGAAUGUCAGUGGUGGUCCGGCAUCCUCUUUCCAAAGAAGUCGUGGUGUAUACAAAGGGUGCCGAUUCUGUGAUCAUGGAGCUACUGUCAGUGGCUGCCCCAGGUGGAACAAACCUGGAAAAACAACAGAUGAUAAUAAGGGAGAAGACACAGCGCCACCUGGAUGAGUAUGCCAAACGAGGGCUGCGUACCUUGUGUAUCGCUAAGAAGGUUAUGAGUGACCCUGAAUAUACAGAGUGGCUGAGGGAUCACUUUUUAGCUGAAACCAGCAUCGACAACAGGGAGGAACUGCUAGUUGAAUCUGCCAUGCGACUGGAGACCAAACUCACGUUACUUGGUGCUACCGGCAUUGAAGACCGUCUGCAGGAGGGAGUCCCUGAGACGAUAGAAGCCCUUCACAAAGCUGGCGUCAAGAUCUGGAUGCUGACAGGGGACAAGCAGGAGACAGCUGUCAACAUAGCUUAUGCAUGCAAACUCCUGGAGCCAGAUGACAAGCUCUUCAUCCUCAACACGCAGAGUAAAGGUGCCUGUGAGAUGCUGAUGAGUGCAAUUUUGAAAGAACUUCAGAAGAGAACUGAGGCCUCUCCUGAGCCAGCCUCACUAGGAAAGGACUCCUGUCAUCUUCCUGACCCCCAGUGCUCUGGACGGGCUGGACUUGUUAUCACUGGGAAGACCCUGGAGUUUGCCCUGCAGGAGAGUGUGCAAAGGCAGUUCCUGGAGCUGACCUCACGGUGCCAAGCUGUGGUCUGCUGCCGAGCCACGCCCCUUCAAAAGAGUGAGGUGUUGAAACUCGUUCGUAACCAUCUCCAUGUGAUGACCCUGGCCAUUGGUGAUGGUGCCAAUGAUGUUAGCAUGAUACAAGUGGCCGACAUUGGGAUAGGCAUCUCAGGUCAAGAAGGCAUGCAGGCUGUGAUGGCCAGUGACUUUGCCAUCUCUCAGUUCAGACAUCUCAGCAAGCUCCUUCUUGUGCAUGGGCACUGGUGUUACACACGACUCUCCAACAUGAUUCUCUAUUUUUUCUACAAGAAUGUGGCCUAUGUGAACCUCCUUUUCUGGUACCAGUUCUUCUGUGGGUUUUCAGGAACAUCUAUGACAGACUAUUGGGUUUUGAUCUUCUUCAACCUGCUCUUCACCUCUGUCCCCCCCAUCAUAUAUGGCGUGUUGGAGAAAGAUGUAUCCGCGGAGACCCUUCUGCAGCUGCCGGAACUUUACCAGAGCGGUCAGCGGUCAGAGGCGUACGUACCUCUCACGUUCUGGAUCACCUUGCUGGAUGCCUUCUAUCAAAGUCUGGUCUGCUUUUUUGUGCCUUACUUUACCUACCGGGGCUCUGACAUUGACAUCUUUACGUUUGGGAAUCCCCUGAACACAUCAGCUCUGUUCAUCAUCCUCCUCCAUCUGGUGAUCGAAAGCAAGAGUUUGACUUGGAUUCACGUGCUGGUCAUGGUUGGGAGCAUCUUGUCCUACUUUUUCUUUGCCUUGGCUUUCGGAGCCUUAUGUGUGACUUGUAACCCACCAUCCAAUCCCUACUGGAUUAUGCAGAAGCACAUGCUGGACCCAGUGUUCUACUUAGUUUGUGUUCUUACAACCUGCGUAGCUCUUCUGCCCAGGUUUCUAUACCGAGUUCUUCAGGGAUCCGUGUUUCCAUCUCCCAUUCUGAGAGCCAAGUGCUUUGACAGACUAGCUCCAGAGGAGAGGGCGGAAGCUCUCAAGAAGUGGGCAGGGACUGCAAAGACCAAUCAAGUGGCAUCCAAGUAUGCCACCCAACCAGCUGCCGAGUCAGGGCGACCUGCGCCUGGUCCUUCUGCUGCCCUUGCCAUGAAGCCAGCAACAGCAUGUGCCAUUGAGCCAGAAAACUUCCCUACAUGUGAGACUGUGCUAGAUCUUGACUACUCUGAACCAGGUGCCUCAAAGAUGACCGAACCCUCAGCAUGUUAAAAACACAGGAUACCCUGCUUAGCGUUGCACGUAAUCUUUCAAGUUUUGAAGAAUUCAAAAGUGAGGAUUGCUUGUGUUUCGGUACAAGGGAUAUCAACAUUUUGUUCAGUGUGGAAAACCCAACACCAUGUCUGCAACUGUAUACCGGUGUGCACAUUUGUAAACAGGGAUCAUGUUUGACCUGAGCAGAGUUCAGGGAAGUGGAAUAUUUAAUUCAGGAUCAUAUGUUGUUUUUAUGAAACUUUUUAGAUUUUGUAAAGGAAUUUCAAUUGUCUUAUAAAUGCAAUCAUUAUCAAAGGGAAUUCAUUUGAAAUGUAUUUAUUUUAGAGGUAAGUCUCAUGUAUUUGGAAAAUGAUUUAAGUGAGAUCCUACCUGAAUUUUAAUUUUUUUUCUUUUUUUAUUUUUUUAUUGAAAAAAACAUUUUCCACCUCCUCCCCGCCUCCCAUUUCCCUCCCCCUCCUCCCGCCCCUCUCCGCCUCCCCCCACUCCUCUUCUCCUCCCUCUCCAGCCCCAAGAGCAGUCAGGGUUCCCUACCCUGUGGAAAGUCCAAGGUCCUCCCCACUCUAUCCAGGUCUAGGAAGGUGAACAUCCAAACUGUCUAGGCUCCCACAAAGCCAGAACAUGAAGUAGGAUCAAAACCCCGUGCCAUUGUCCUUGGCCUCUCAUCAGCUCUCAUUGUCCGCCAUGUUCAGAGAGUCCGGUUUUAUCCCAUGCUUUUUCAG